AUGCGCCUUGUCCCCCUUUCGGCUUGUAGCUUGUCGAAACCCCAGAUACCUGUCACCAACCUCAAGGAACGGAUUGCAGCACUCGAACAACAAAGGAAUGCAGGAAAGCCUUCGCGUGCGACGUCGCCUUCGCCUGGCCUCGGUGGGUCUGCGGGCGGUCCCAGUGUUGGGGCGCUGAGGGACAAGAUUGCAAAGUUUGAGAAGAAGGGCGGUGUUCCUGUUCCGCGGGGGACGUUUGGACUCGGUGCGCCCCCGCCUCCUGAAGCCCGCGUACAGAAAAAGGGCGAGUUGUAUGGGAACAGGAUCCCGCAGCCCGUGCGGAUGGUCAGCGCCAACCAUACAGGCAACAGCGGCGGUGUCACCAGCCACAGCACCGGUGGGGGGAUGGGGACGGGGAUUGGGAUGGGCCAACCACCGAGUCGUUCGAGCUCGUCGAUGGGGUUCAAUUAUGACCGCGACUAUCGACGCUCUGUGUCCAUGUCGAGUGUGAUCACGGAUUUGGACGAUCGGCCGGAUUAUACCCCUUUGACUUCUCCGACGUUCAACUUUCCGGAUUCGCCUGGUUCGACGGUGUACACGCCCGAGGGGUCGCCUAGUCCGUUGGGGAGUCCUGAUGGGUCGGCGGCGGCGAAUGCGAAUGCGACGAUUCAGACGGUGAUGACGGCGGCGGCGAGGCCGCCUGUCAUGCCGAGGUCGACGUCGUUUGCGGAGGCGGUGGAGAGGGCGAAGAAGGUGGCUGAGGCGAAGGGUGGUGUUGUUGGGGAGAAGGUGCAGGAGGGGAGUGCGCCGACGCCGUUCAUUGCGGCUGCUGUCAAGGACCAGUUUGAGCCUAAUGGCCAGCCGAAGAGUCUGGUGGAGGGUGGGGGGGAGAAGGAGGGACGAUCUCUCACUGAGGAACCGACGGCUAUCGAUGACACCACCCCAGCAACGGGAGCGGCGCCGGUUCCAGUCGUCGUGGAGAACGACGAGCCCCCGACGCCCACUGCCGCUGCCUCGCCAGUCGACUCGACCGAAUCACAGUCUCCAAUCUCGCCGCCAUCAUCCGCGCCCGUCGAACCCGACACCCCCACCGCCGUCGUCAGCCCCAUUUCCGAGCUGUUGCAAGAACUCGCGCCCAACUCCGAGGUUCAAGCACCUCCAGCUGGCGAAACUAAGAAACCGGCUAGUCGCAACAACAAGGAUCUCUCCCUGGACGUGGAGGCUCUCAAGAUCCAAUCUGCUACUGGUGCACCUGCCAACGAUGCUUCCAAGCCUGCUGUUGCUGACGACACGACGCCCACGACUGCGACUUAUUCGAACCUCCUUUCGCCGCCUCAGACCGGCAACUCGGUUUUGUCGUCUGGGUCGUCGGUGUCCCCUCGUCCGUACAGUAUGGUUGAGCUCUCGUGGGCUGAACGUGUCACCCCCGCUACGAGCCGAGGAAACGUCAUGUUCCUGCCUCCCUCCUCGACCCAGCUUCCUCGCAAAACCGAUCUCAUCAACUAUCCCCCCACUCCUACUGAAGCGGAUUCCAAACCACAAGAUGGUGGUAACAAGAAGGCGAAUGGAAGUGCCACUACUAGGACUGCUGCUUCUUCGAAACCUACGACCUUCACGGCCGUCGUGCACAAGAAGAUUCGCGAAGCUGAGGUUGCCCUACCUGCUGGACCACACGAACUCCCCCAGACGCCUCGCAAGCAGAAGCGGAUGACUAUGAUGCCGUUCCAGAGCCCUGGCAACCCCGAGUUGCUAUCCCUCCUGCAAAAUGCUGUCAUGCUCGAAUCGACGUUGGAGCAUGGUGAGCUUCCUACGGAAGUUGCCAAGAAGAAGGAAGAGGAGGAGAAGGAGCGGGAAAGGGAGAGGCAGGCGCAGGAGUUGGCUGCUGCUCUUGCUGCUGAUAAAGCCCGUGCUGAGCUUGAGGAGCAGAAGAGGCUGGCGUUUGAGGAUCAGAAGGCGAAGGAGGAGGAGGAGGAGGAGGAUGAGGCUGCUAGGAAGGCGAAACUGCGACAUACGUUCCUUAUCCCGCUUUCCAAGGCGAGGUACCAGCAUAAGAAGGAGAUGUCGGUUGCGAGUGCGAGGGCUGCGGGUGUGGAGGUUGAGUUGGAUGAGACGGGGUUGCCCGAGUUGCCGGAGAGGUUGCCUAGUCCUGGUGGAAAGGAGGAAGAGGAGGAGAAGCCGAGGAUGUCGAUACACCACAAUUUGCCGCCUCCGCCGCCGCAUAUCCCGCCUCAGCCUCAGCCCCAGCCUCAAACUCCUCAAGCGGAUUCGCUCGCCCCGGUGCCCAAGUCUGCUGGUUCGAAAUCGAGGUUUUCGACGUUCCGCAGGUUGGGGAGUGUCAAGUCGAUGAUUGGGGGACCUGGUGCUGCUUCCCGCAAGAGUAUCGCGUCGGAUUUCUCGGAUGAUACCACUUAUUCGUCCAUCCCUGCUGUGAUUACCCCUGAUGGCAGUGUGGCCCAUGGUGAUGUGGAUGACUUUGGUAUGACUAGUGUCAACCAUUCUCAGGAGCAGUCCUGGCCGAGUUUGUCCCCCAAGAAGUCGGGUGGUGGGUCGAGGACGUCGACGUUUGGCAAGAUGUUUUCGAGGUCGAGGACAAAGUCGAGUGGGAGUACUUUGAGUAAUGCGUCUGACUCGGCGAGCUCGAAGGCUCCCUCUGUGUAUACCCUUCCUCCUCUCCCUGAUACGCUGUCUGCUAUCCCGUCAGGUCCGGAGUAUGAGAACCGCCAACCAAGACGGUCGAUCUCGAUGAAGAGCUUGAAGAGUGCAUUGAAGGGCCGUUCGUCGAUCGAUAGCACGAACGCUCCUCCCCUGCCUAGGACCCGGACCGUCGACGCUCAGCCCCCUCCACCUGUCCUCGAAUCCAACGGGAGCACAAGUCCAACCUCGACCCUCGGGUCCCCAGGGCCACUCAAAUCCCCCGACUACCUGGGCUACAACCCGCUGAACCCUCCUAUGGACACUGGGAACGGCGGCCGCCCCACCUCGCUCGUCUCAGUCGCUUCGACACUCCCUUCUCCCUUAUUCGACAAAGAUAUCUUUGAUGCUUUCCCUGCUGUUCCUUCUGGUACACCCGCUUCCGCCAGUCAGUAUGAUCAGGGACAAGGAAUGCCAUCGGCGGCGUUGUUGACUCCGUCGUUUGAUUCUGUGUUUUUGGGGAGUGCGAUUCAUUUGGCUGGGUCGCACAAGUCGACUAUUGGGACGCCUACUACUGCUACGGGAGGGAUGUAUAGUCCGUUACCCCCCGCCUCGGCUGCUACUGUUGAUGGAUCUGCGGGGUCCUCGAGGCAGAGGAGGGCGUAA